AAUAAAAACUUGAUUUCACUUCUUUCCUUUAGAUCUGGCUCGUGAAACCGCACGCUGCACUCAGUUCGUUCCGUUGCAGGUGUGCGCUGUGAUCAUCGGUUGCUAAAUUACUAUAAUAAAUGGUUUUGGAGCUGGCAGCGCCCGCAAGUGCAGGCCCUUUGCUACAACGCUCCAUCCCGCAUAUCGAGCGUGUUUUCCGGGUUAGGGUCAGCUACUGCUCCGCUGAGUCAAACUGCGACAGCGCUAAUGGAAGCAACUCAGGCAACAGUAUCACUGUAAUUAUCCAGGACGGCAACGAGGAUGACUGCGCCAAGGCUAAAGAGUACAUAGUGUCCCUGAUUGCUCCUGCCCACUACCGUCGAGUGCGGCUGACUCUGUCCCUGCACCGGAGGCUGCAGACGCUGCACGCGGCCAUCGAGUAUGAGACGGGCUGCGUGCUGACGCUGCGGGAGCAUGCCGUGGUGCUGCAGGGCGGAGAGGCGCAGGUGAGCACCGCGUGGGCCAUGCUGCAGCAGCGGCCCAGGAUGGAGUCCCGAGCACCGCGCCGACAGCUAGUGCCGCCGCCACAGCCGGCCGCCACUGUAGCCACCGCUACCGCCACCGCCACGGGCAGGAGGAGAGAGCCGCUAAUGGCGACCAAGCCUCACCGGCAGCUGUGCCGCUCGCCCUGCCUGGACCGGCCCAGCUUCAGCCAGAGCAGCACCCUGCAGGAGCUGAGGGCCGAGGACGGGGGCCGCAUUGGCCCCGGAGGCCCAGCAGGGGGCCCCGCGCGGCAGGCCAGUGAGCGCGACUACCAGUCCAAGAUGGACUUCGCGCUCAAGCUGGGCUACUCGGGCGAGCAGGUGGAGUCCGUGCUCGGCAAGCUGGGCUCCGGAGCGCUCAUCAACGACGUGCUCGCAGAGCUGGUCCGACUGGGCAACAAGGGCGAGCUGGAGGCCCAGGGGGGGUCGGGGCAGGCCACAUUGGCCCCCCACGGCCCCGGGGUCAAGGAGGCGGUCAGCCCAGAGGCCUCGCUGGAAGAGGAGUCCAUGGAAAGCUCCGACAACCUGAGACCAAUCGUCAUUGAUGGCUCCAAUGUAGCUAUGAGCCAUGGAAACAAAGAGGUUUUCUCCUGCAUGGGGAUUCAGCUGGCAGUGGAUUGGUUCCUGGAGAAAGGCCACAAAGACAUCACGGUGUUUGUGCCUGCGUGGAGGAAAGAGCAGUCCAGACCCGACGCCCCCAUCACAGAUCAGGAGAUUCUGCGGAAGCUGGAGAAGGAGAAGAUCCUGGUGUUCACCCCCUCCCGGCGUGUUCAAGGGCGCCGCGUGGUGUGCUAUGACGACCGCUUUAUCGUCAAGCUCGCCUGCGACUCCGACGGCAUCAUCGUCUCCAACGACAACUACCGCGACCUUCAGAACGAGAAGCCGGAAUGGAAGAAGUUCAUCGAGGAACGCCUCCUCAUGUUCUCCUUUGUCAAUGACAAGUUCAUGCCUCCGGAUGACCCUCUAGGAAGGCAUGGUCCCAGUUUAGAGAACUUCCUACGCAAGCGUCCGGUGGUCCCUGAGCACAAGAAGCAGCCUUGUCCUUACGGUAAGAAAUGCACCUACGGCCACAAGUGCAAGUACUACCACCCCGAGCGGCCCAACCAGCCGCAGCGCUCCGUGGCCGACGAGCUCCGUGCCUUCGCCAAGCUCUCGGCGGUCAAGACCAUGAGCGAGGGCGCCCUGGCCAAGUGCGGGACGUCGUCGGGCGGCGCCAGCUUCAAGGGCGAGCCGGGCUCGGAGGCCAAGCGCGUGGCGCCCAAGCGCCAGUCGGACCCCAGCAUCCGCGCGGUGGCGUGCGAGGACGAGCGGGCGUGCGGCGUGAGGAAGGCGGAGGCCAGCUCCAGCUCGGUGCCGUCGCUCGUCACGGCGCUCAGCGUGCCCACCAUGCCGCCGGUCAAGAGCCACGCGGCGGCCGGCGCCCUCAACACCCGCUCGGCCAGCAGCCCCGUGCCCGGCUCGCUGCACUUCACCCACAGCCUGCUGGAGCACGCGGGCAGCGUCGGCUACCCGCCCAUCCUGGUCACCAACAGCCACGGCGCCUCCGUGGCCUACGCCGAGCCCUUCCCCAAGUACGACUCGGUGGUGAGCGACCACGGCUACUACUCCAUGCUCAGCGACUUCUCCACCAUGAGCCUGGGCAGCAUGCAGGGCCUGGACAGCUUCUGUGGUGGAGGUGGUGGUGGUACUUACCCCAGCCGGCCGCCCAGCCUGUGUCCCGAGCCCUGCCGCAGCCACUCGUCGGACUCCUUCUCCUCGUACGGGGACCCGUACCUGAGCUCCAUGGAGGGCUCCAUGGACGACGGCAGCAUGGGGGGGAUGAAGGGUCCAUCUCAGCAGCAGCAGCAGCAGCAGGUGCAGUCCUCCAUGGGCGUCCAGGGGCCGUCGGCGUCCCAGUCUCGUCUGCAGGCCUUCGCGCACGGCUUCCACCACGAGGCGCUGACGCGCGUGCAGAGCUACGGAGCGGACGAGCCCAAGCCCGGUCCCCGCAAGCAGCCGCCCGGUCCUCCGCCGGUCCAGCUGGCCCCGCACGUCCAGCACGCCGUGGUGAGCGCGCGCUCCAGUUGCCCCGGCGACUACCCGCCGCUGGCCCAGAGCGCCGUGCUGACCUCGGCCGUCUCGUGCCCGGCGCCGCAGCAGGGCCGCUCGCUGGGCAUGACGCGCAUGGACAGCGUGUCCGACUCGCGGCUCUACGAGAGCAACCCGCAGAGGCAGCGCCGGCCGCCGCUGUGCCGCGAGCAGCACGCCAGCUGGGACCCGCUGCCCUGCGGCCUCAGCGAGCCCUACGGCUACGGCGCCUACGGCCUGGCCUCGGGCCUCAUGCCCUGCUGCGAGCGCGUCAUGGUGCGCAGCAUGCCCGAGAAGAUGGAGCAGAUCUGGCGCUCGCCGUGGGACUCGCCGGGCCCGCCGUCGCACCAGGCCGGCCUGGCCGGACACCCCAUGGACCAGCCGGACCGCCAGCCCAUCCCCGAGCACCAGUACCAGACCUACCGCAACCUCUGCAACAUCUUCCCAGCCUACGUGGUGCACACGGUCAUGGAGAAGAACCCGCACCUCACCGACCCCCAGCAGCUGGCCGCGCUCAUCGUCUCCAAGCUGCGGCACUGAGGCCGGCGCCCCGGCAACCUCACCGAGUCCCCGCCCACACACACCUGACCACGUCCACACACACCUGCCCACACCUGCCCACACCUGCAAGGGGUAGGGAGACGGGACACACAGGAGCGAUUUAGCUAGCUAAUGGAAAUAGGAAUCUGGUUUUGUACGAAAUAUCUACAGUCGGUGUAUAUAUUUAUAUAUAUAUGUAUGUAUAUGUAUGUAUGUAUGUAUAUAUACAUAUAUAUAUAUUUCAAUAUGUUGCUCGUAUUUGAAAUCGUGAAUCUGGACUGAAAGCUCUGUUUUCUCCGGGAUUCCACAGAUUAGCAAUCCUGUGAGGUAUUGUAAUUAUCUUAAUGGUGUUUUGUAUUUAUUCCAAUGAGUAUUUUUGCGUAUUAACGUGCAUGCCCAGCAUUUUUGCAUUAGUACCACAAUCAUCUAAAUGGAUUUAGACUAGCUACUAAAGCUCAUUUUUCUGAGCUUAACUGGCCAAUUUAUUGUCUCGUUAGACACAGAUGUAAUCUUGAUCUAUUUUUGAUGUCUGAAAUGAAACAGACGAGGGUGUUUUUGCACGUUUUGCAAACCGUGUCGAUUCUUACACCCGUUUUGCAAAGAGUAGAUUUCUGCCUUACAGCUCGGACGAGGCCAGGUCUGAACCCUUGUUGGUUUUUAUUGUUGACCAGUGGAUGAGAUGCAGUGUUUCGGAAAUGCCCCGACAUUCCGUCAGCGUCUUGUAGCUGCAUAGGUCAGUGAGGCACCUUUGGAUUUACAGGAGGACUCUGAAGUUUAUGUCCUCUUGCAUUCUGUCAUAUCAAGCUAGUCGCUAACGGUAACUGGUUUUAAUAGGAAUCGUGCAUUUGUCCAAGCUUAUUGAGAUAGGAAUAUUUUCCGUUACACGACAAGAGGGCAAGCAACUAUUGAUUGAAAAUGGCAUGCAAUUCUAGGAAGCAGUGUGCUUGUAAGGAAUGAAUGGUAGAUAGUCACUAUGACCGCAUAGUUGAGCACCAUUGUUCUUUAUUAAGCGAUGAGCUAGGAGGAGACACCGAACCUCACAACAAACACACUAACAUCAGCAAACCGUUUGAGGGUACUUCCUUGGAGCUGGCAACGCUGUGGUAUGGUAUCAAUGAGAAUUGGUAUCAAAGCAGAGAUUUGCGGGAGUGAAAACCGCUAGCCUGUCUGUAAGGAAGUGCUUAAUGAAGCCCGUGCACAAAUCUACAUACACAUUUAGAUGGUCUUGAAUUGGGCGUGUGCUCUUGUUGAUGUGGUGGCCUGCCCUGGGUCAGUUGAUUUCAAGAGUGUUCUAGUAGGUGAGGUUCUGCAGUGUGGCCUGCCCUGGGUCAGUUGAUUUCAAGAGUGUGCUAGUAGGUGAGGUUCUGCAGUGUGGCCUGUUGAUGCGUGGACCUGGAUACGGUCCUCCCUUACUGGUAUCUCAGCCUUAUAGGUUAAGACUGGACAAGUGUGGACAUCACCACUAUUGAUCCUUUUCAAACGCUGAGUAGAGGUCGAAGUAGAGGUCGAAGUAGAGGUCGACAGAAGCAGGAAGAAGUCUGUGAAGUGUUUGUUUUUGACCGUAGAAUCCUCCUGCAUGUCCGAAACAGGAAUGACUUAAAGUAUUGAAAUAAUGCUAGCUCACAACAUAAUGUGCACUGAUCAUACUCAGUGGUAUCUAGAGCAAAAUGCAUCACUGGGUCCCCCUCAGUCCAGGAGGAGACUGAGCAUGGAAAUAGGGGGCCUGCGGCCCGGUUCGGCUCCUCUCCUCUCCUCUCCUCUCCGGGGUAGAGAGAGGAAGAGCAUGGAGUAUUUAUUGAAGGGAGCAUUGACUGAAUAAUGUGUAUAUGCAAAGUGACUCAGCAUCUUUGCAAGUGCGUUGUGACUGGGAAACCUUUUUUUGUGCAAAUAAUUUGAAGUCGGGACAGGAAUGCGGAUGUACCUCAGAGCGUGACAUGGUAACUCUAUCGGGAACUCGAUUUGCCUUAUCAGGGAAGGACUUCUCCCAUGACCGUUUGUGUUUUAGAGGUUUCCUUGUGUAAAGUACAUGUUCAAGCUUAAUAAAUAGAUCAGUAUUUAGAGUUUUAUUUUUCUCUCCAAGAUCAUCGGUCAGAUUCUGCCACUUUAUUUUUGGUAGAGUUUGAGUGAGUUGAAAGCCAAAUGGACCAGUGCAUAAUUUGGUCUCAGAAAAGGCACCAACGCACACAGACACACUCACUCACUCACAUACCAUUGCGCAGACACAUUUGAAAGCCUCAACAUUCACAUAUUGACAUGCAAAGACACAACCACAUUAAGCCAUUUUUGAAAGACAAUUGUAAGCUGCUUGAAACAAUGCCAAAAAAGAGAAGAAAACAUGUAUUCAAAAGUGUGAUGUGAACUUUGUCUUUUUGUUCUGUUUUACACAAACGAUGGGGUUGGUCGAUGGGCGUCAAGGUAACGGCCUAGGAACACCAAUUGUGUACAGUGUAGCUGGCUGCUAUGCUUAUAGCAUAAUAAUGGUUGUCGGCCCAACCUACAGUAAGUGGCCAUAGGUUGAUGGUAAUGGUGGGGCAAGUUUGCAUGCGGUUUGUCCUGUAAUGGUUAUGCAUCGGAUAUAUCAGAGAGUCAGGUUUUGGAGCAGUUUGAUAUGUGAGUGUGAGGGGUUGUCUGUCGAAGGGGGAGGGAUGGGAGCAUCUGUUCAGCAGAGAGCCUGCGAAACAAAAAGCACCUCUUUGGUUAUUGAUGCUGAGGGACAAGCUCUCGUUGCCCUUCCCUCCCAUAAUGGCCGCCGUUUGGACUCUUGUUGAAUGUCCUCGCUCCAGAGCAACUCUCUGCGUGGCGCUGACUUUGGUUUCUGUCUUUCUUUCUCUUUCAUGCUUUCGUUCUUUCUCUCUGUCAGUCUGUCCUUUUUUUCCUCUCUCUCUCUCUCCUUCCUUUGGUUUGUUUUCAUGAGGGUUUGUGUUGGCCGCGUUGCGUCCCCCACGGUCACUCACCUCAUGAGAAGGUGUGACACACUGCCUACCUGUUUCUCCCUGUGAGACACACACACACAUGGGAUGAGAGGCUGUCGUCGGGUUGUUUCGGACAUUUGGCUUAGAGUUGGCUUGCUGCGUCCCCCCCCCCCCCCCCCAGCCUCCCCUGAAAAACACACACAACCUCUACACCUUCAUUGCGUGUAAAGAGCCUUUCCCGGGUUGCGUUUGAAGGGAAGACUUGACUUCAACCCUCGGUGUGGAGUGGAGGAUUUGAUCACGCUACUUUACCUGACGCCUUCCCACGGCAUGACGGGACGAACUUUCAGAGAUUAUUUAAUCCAGAGUGGAAAUAUCUGUGAUUGUGUGCAUCAUGAUUUGUGAUGGUUGGAUCGGGUACAGCUGCCUGUGCUUCAACUGGUAUGUGUUUUUUUUGUUUUGUUUUGUUUUAUUUUGUUUUUCUAAGAUUUGACUGAAAGCAAUUGUAGUUUUAUUUACACUAGUUUUAUUUUCUGUUGUGUUUUUUUUUAAGUAAUCAUUUUGAUUUUAUGAUUAUUGAUUAUUGCUCGAUAUGCAUGUUCUCUAUUAGGCACCUAUUACGAUGGAUGAACGUACGUCAUGGUCUACACCCCUAACCAAUUCCAUUUCCUCCCAAAACUGCAGCAAGCUACCAUGCCUUAAAUGUCUUGAAAUGACCUUUGUUUGUUGAUACAAAUUGUAUCUAUUUCUUGAUUGUAAAAAUAUUUAUGAAAUGUACAGUAUCACUAAUAUAUAUAGUUCUAUAUAUAUACAUAAUAAAUCCUAGUUUUAUUUAACAGAAAGAGAAGAGACAACAUGAUGCCAUAAUAUUAGUGACACUGUGUGUUGCUAAGAGUAGCCCGUGGGCACUGCUUCCCCAUACUGGGCACAGACACCUACAAACAAGGACUCCGAACCCCUCCUCUUUUCUGUGAUGUUAACCCAGCUCUCUCUCCUGCUCUCUCUCUCUCUCUCUCUCACUCUGUCUUUCUUUCUUGCUCUCUGUUGAUACAGAUCUGCUUUAAGGUUGGCUGUGUACGUUGCUUUUUAAAUCUCUGUAAAUAUAGAGAAUUGAAGUGGAGCUACUUUCAGAUAUAUUACUCGACACCUGUAUCCAGAUUACUUGCAUAACUCUUACAGAUUUGAGGCAGCCCAGGGGUUGGCAUGGACACAGUGUUAAGAAAGCAUUUACUGAUUUAGUUUCACCCCCUAAUGCUCUCGGGCUCAGAUGAUUUCUACUGUAGAUGUAUCUAAGCUAUAUACAGUAUUAUUCUUGCUCUAUGUCUUGAACACGCCCACACACACAAUUGCGCACAGGCACACACACACACACACACACACACACACACACACACACACACCAGAUGCUGCAGCAUGUUCAUAGCUAUGGUGAUGCGGAAUGAGUUUCCAUGACGAUCGGUGAGGCAUUUUCA